CUCUUCCUGUCAUGACUACUGUCUACAGAAGAAGCGGUCGAUGAUACCAAAACUGAGGAAGAGGCAGAGCUUCAGAGCUCUCUCCCGCAAUUCCCAUGGCUCCUUCCCUCUCCUCCCUCUUCCUCUCCCACCAAACCCACUCCUACCCUUCUCUGGUCAGCCCCACUCCCUCCAUUUCCCCCCGGCUCGGCCCGCAUAUCCGCCCCGGAACCCUAGCGUUCUCUGCCCCUAAUCGUCCCUCUUCCUCCUCCUCGUCGUCUUCGUCGACCCAGAACCAGAAUCCCAUCCAAGAAGACCCGAGCUCGACCCAGAAGCCGCCAUCUCCGUCCGAGAGGAAGUCCUUCGCCGUGGCCACGGGGGAGCUGUUCCUCGGCCUCGCCUCGCGGCUUAUUAAGAGAAGUAACAGCAAGAGGAGCCCCGGCGGCAACAAUCCUCUGCCCACGCUCGAUGGUGGGAAUAACGGUACGGUUAGGAGGAAUGACAGUAAGGAGAGAAUUGGGGUGGUAAUGGAGGAUGAGAUAGAGCCGGAGGUGAUCUGGGAGCAGAGAGUUAAAGACGUGGAGGCUGAGAAGAAGCGGAGAGUGGUCACCAGCCCCGGGUUCAGCUUCUCCGCCGCCGGGCUCUUGUUCCCUUAUCAUCUUGGCGUCGCUCAGUUCCUUAUCGAGAAAGGUUACAUUAAGGAUACAACGCCAUUGGCGGGUUCAUCGGCUGGUGCCAUUGUGUGUGCAGUCAUUGCUUCGGGAGAGAGCAUGGAAGAGGCUUUGAGAGCUACGAAGAUACUGGCCGAUGAUUGUCGCAGCAGAGGAACUGCAUUUCGACUCGGGGCCGUUCUCCGUGAAGUUCUAGACAAAUUUCUUCCCGAAGAUGUUCACAUCAGGUCAAAUGGCAGGGUUCGUGGUACGCGUGCACUUUCAUUCUGUAGUUUGCCAUCUGCAAUUGCUGUGACGCAGAUCCUCUGGAGGCCUCGAGGCUUAUUGGUGGAUCAAUUUGACUCGAAGGAAGACCUGAUCAAUGCUGUAUUCACCUCUUCCUUCAUCCCGGGAUAUCUUGCUCCAAGGCCAGCUACGAUGUUUCGUAACAGGUUAUGCAUUGAUGGGGGUUUAACUUUAUUUAUGCCGCCAACAUCUGCUGCACAGACGGUUCGGGUUUGUGCCUUCCCAGCUUCUCAGUUGGGCCUUCAGGGGAUCGGCAUUAGCCCAGACUUGAACCCAGAUUAUCAGGCCACCCCCAGGGAGCUGUUCAACUGGGCCCUUGAGCCCGCACAAGAUGUUAUCCUCGACAGGCUCUUCGAGCUCGGGUAUCUCGACGCAUCGGUCUGGGCAGAGUCAAACCCAGCUGCAGAAAUAGUCCAAGACGACUUCCCUCUAGCCGAAAAUAGCACAUCAAAAUAACCCACCGUGGAGGUAUCAUGAGAUCGCGUAGGACUUCCAUUUCCUAUUCAACAUCAUGGAGGAGCUCGUUUCUUGCAGUACAAGUGAGGAGAACGAGUGGUAAGUAAGGUAGCACAGAAGCGCCGGGUGGUAAAUAGGUAAAAAAGUUUCUAUACAAAAAGAAAGAAUUAGGUCCCUACAUGUGAAGCAAAUAAAGUUUACAGUAAGAUAUGGACGUUGACUUGAGAUAUUGGUGACACUGAAGGCCUUCAUUCAUGUGUCAAGCUCAAAAGUGGGCACUUGUUUACGUUCCUAGAGGCUUUGCUUUUCAUUAUUCCUCUUCAAGACAACCUUUCUGAAACUAAACUCACUCUUUAUUUAUUUAUUUAAUAAUAAAUAUAAUUUUUUCUGGCA